GACCAACUUGGAUUUGAACUAGGAGGACAUCGUUUGUCGUUGCAGCCAGCAGAGACAGCAAGGCGAAGCUAACAGCAUGGAAGAAUUGGAUGAUGUCGCAGUGUCGAUUUUAAGGGGAGUCUGGCCAAGAACACUCAAAAUUAUCGGGCAGUUCCUCCUUCAAUGCAUCACCCAUGCGACAGACAUCCACUCCUGUGAACGCAAGUCCUCCAAAGUGCACAACCCCUGAAAAGGUUGUGAAGUUAUCCUUUCCAGAAUAUGUUUUGCACACCGACACAGAACUUGAGCAAGUCCGACAACAGUACUUUGAGUUGGCGAAGACAGGCAAACACCGCAACUGCCAGAUGUCAAAGGAGCUCAGAUGCCGGCUCAUUCGAAACACCAUGACCAGUAUGAUUGCAAUCCUGAGGGCAAAGGGGGAUCGAGAUUCACACAGAUACCCAUCAAAGCCAGAAAUUACUGCAAUGGCAAAGAGAAUAGUACUGUACUACCCCAUGCUGCAGGACCAAGGCCACCAUACAUGGGUCACUGUGUACUCACAGCUAUACAAAAGAUUGCAAAAUGUGAGAUCCCCCCAAAAAAGAACUCCAGAUGGGAGACAUUCAAAGAGCUCUACAAAGAGGCGCUGUCUUGAGCAGCCAACAGACAUAGAUGAAAUGGAUUCAAGUGACUCAACAAUCAUUCUAGAUGGGUCCACAGAAGGAAGUGGCAGCCCAGGCUCAGACCCUAAAGAAAGUGAUUUAGAAGGAAAAAGAAAAUCCCAAAGCCUACCUGAAUAUCCACCCUCUGCCCUGUCCAGUCCUGAUGCUAACAAGUCUGCAGAUGGUGACAGUCCAGACACCAGUCCAGCAACCUUGGCCAAGCACUACAAGGCCCUACAAACUUUGUAUAAAAGAAAAAAUCCAAACCACCAGGAUGUUUCUCAUGUCUUGGAUUUGGAAUUUGUAGCUAGAAGAGCAUUCAUUGACUCAAAUACCAUUCGCGAGGAGGACAGACGUGAAGAUUCUCGAAGCAUAUCCUUGUUUCAAGGUCGUUGUACAUGUGAUGGAGGAGCUUCAACGCAUUUUGGAUAAAGAUAACAACAACUUCAUUGAUGAACUGAGGGAAAGAUGACAUGACUUCUGCCAGAAGGUGCAGUUUUUUGGGGUGUGGAAAAAGGUGCUGAAACCCCCAAUGGGAAUGGACAAAGCUGAACAGGCUCUUGAGAUUCUACGUGUGCUGCCAUCACUGUUCCCCUCCACAUCUGCUCCUCCAAAGAGGGUUCGAGAUGCGAGUGAGGCUCUGGUGCAUGUCCUCGAGGAAACAGAAGACCCCAAUUCCUACUUAAAGAAACGCCCUCUUUCCUGCCCAGUCCUGAUUGUCGGUCCGUCCAACUGCCUCCUAGCGGUAGGAGAUGUGGCAA